GUGAAGAAGAAGAAACGUGAAACAUCUCAGCAGGCGAUGGAAGAAGAUUUUGAUUUCGAGAAGAAGGUUUCGAUUAAAGAAACAAUGGAGAUUGAUCCAAAAAAAAUCAUUGUUUUGCUUCGUGGUUUCCUUCAAAUUCAGCAACGAAGGGCCGAAGCAUAUUCCAAGCUCAAAAGGGGGUUUUCUGACUACAUGGCUUCUGGGGGAGAAUUGGCUUAUAAGCAGCUUUGCAGUGAAAUCACAAUAGAGUUUAAUGAUUGCUCGAAAAAAGUCCUUGAAAUGGAGUCACUAUUCCGGGGCCCUGAUUACUGUCGAGUCGAUCUAGCACAACUCCUUAGAGCUGUUCAAGAUCAAGAAAAGCAGAAACUGCAUCUGACAGCUACAAUUCAGGUGUUAAAGAAAGCUGGUCGCCCAUCUGAACGUUUGGUGAGCCAUGAGAAUUGCAAAUAUACAAAGCCAACAGAGCACGAGUGUGUUCAUGUUCAGGAGAUUACUGAAGAGGCAGAAGCGGAUGCUGAGUAUGACAAUGCUCUAAAGGAAGCUAUUCGAGGUGUCCAAGAUGCUGUCAUAGCCAUAAAUGAACAUCUAGAAGAAGUCAGAUAUGAAAUUGCUGCCCUUGAAGCAGAGUGAUUCUUGGCCAGGGCUGUUACUAAAAUAUUACUGAUUGCAUUCUCAUUCAAACAUGUAAUCAUUUGCCUGUGAAUGGAUAGGUUCAGACGCUCAGUGCUAACAAAUAUUGUUAUUGGUCUACAACUUGUGAAAUGUAUAUAGACACCCUAAAGUGCAGCUCAUGAAUUUUGUUCAGUCAUCAACAAAUUAUAUUAAACCGGUAAAAGAAAUUCAAGAUUACUUAACAUCUGUUAAGAACUCUGGUACUUGAUGAAAAUGCCUGGCCAUUUAUCUGAUUAGGAGUUCGGGUUCUGACUUCUGAAGUUUUGGUGGAGCCAACUACUUAGCCUGUUUUGCUUUAUAAGUUAACUAUGCAGUGUUGCACCGUGUAAAAUCAAUUUUGUACAAUACAAAUGGUAAUUUUAGAUUCAUGGGGAACGAAAUCAAAUUUGUAAUUGAUCAUAGUAUAAGGUCAAUUUUUUUAGCGUUUUCG